UGGCCGGGACUGUCGCGGGCUGGGGCGGUUGGUGGUGGCAGCUGCCGCCAUGGAGUGGAGCUCGGAGUCAGCGGCUGUGCGGCGGCACCGCGGCACCGCGGAGCGUCGGGAGGGAGAGGCGGCCGCGUCGCACCCGCAGAAGGAGGCCUCGGCGCCGAAGGAUGCGAGGGCCGGCGAGAGGAUGCGGGGGAAGACGGAGAACGGCAGCGGCAGCCGGGCUGCGAAGACCGCGCUGUCCGAGGCGCGCACGGCGCUGGCGCUCGCACUCUACCUGCUCGCGCUGCGGGCGCUCGUGCAGCUGUCGCUGCAGCGGCUGGUGCUGAGCCGGACCUCGGGGCUCCAGGGCGAGUUCGACGCCCGCCAAGCCAGGGAUUAUCUGGAACACAUAACGGCCAUUGGCCCCAGGACUACAGGAAGCACAGAAAAUGAAAUUCUGACGGUACAGUACCUUUUGGAGCAGAUCAAGCUGAUAGAAGCGCAGAGCAACAGCCUUCACAGCAUUUCAGUAGAUAUACAACGGCCUACCGGCUCCUUUAGCAUUGACUUCUUGGGGGGCUUUACAAGCUACUAUGACAACAUUACUAAUCUCGUGGUAAAGCUGGAACCCCGAGAUGGAGCCAAGUAUGCUGUUCUGGCUAACUGUCAUUUUGACUCAGUGGCAAAUUCACCAGGUGCCAGUGACGAUGCGGUUAGCUGUGCUGUGAUGCUCGAAGUUCUCCGGGUCAUGUCAGCAUCCCCGGAGCCCCUGCAGCAUGCUGUGGUCUUCCUCUUUAAUGGUGCAGAGGAGAAUGUCUUACAAGCAAGCCAUGGUUUUAUUACUCAACAUCCCUGGGCCAGUUUGAUUCGAGCAUUUAUUAACCUGGAGGCUGCAGGUGUUGGAGGGAAAGAACUUGUGUUCCAAACAGGCCCUGAAAACCCUUGGUUGGUCCAGGCUUAUGUUUCCGCAGCUAAGCACCCUUUCGCUUCUGUGGUGGCUCAGGAGGUUUUCCAGAGUGGGAUCAUUCCUUCUGAUACCGACUUCCGAAUCUAUAGGGAUUUUGGGAACAUUCCAGGAAUAGACUUAGCUUUUAUUGAAAAUGGAUACAUCUAUCACACCAAGUAUGACACAGCGGACAGAAUUCUCAUAGACUCCAUUCAGAGAGCAGGUGACAACAUUUUAGCAGUUCUUAAAUACCUAGCUACAUCUGACAUGCUGGCUUCUUCGUCUGAGUACCGACAUGGAAACAUGGUGUUCUUCGAUGUGCUCGGCCUGCUGGUCAUAGCGUACCCUUCCCGUGUCGGCUCCAUAAUAAACUACAUGGUGGUUAUGGCUGUUGUUCUGUACCUGGGAAGAAAACUGCUGCAGCCCAAACACAGGAAUGCUAAUUAUGUGAGAGACUUCCUGUGCGGACUUGGCAUCACUUUCAUUAGUUGGUUCACUAGUCUAGUUACAGUCCUCAUUAUAGCAGUGUUUGUCUCUCUCAUUGGACAAUCUCUUUCAUGGUAUAACUACUUUUAUAUCGCUGUUUGCCUGUAUGGAACUGCAACAGUCGCCAAAAUAAUAUUCAUUCAUACUCUUGCAAAAAGAUUUUAUUAUAUGAACACCAGCGACCUGUACCUGGGAGAGCUGUUCUUUGACACCUCCCUGUUUGUGCACUGUGGUUCUCUUGUUGCUUUAACUUACCAAGGGUUUUGCUCUGCGUUCUUGAGUGCUGUCUGGGUAGCUUUCCCAUUGCUCACAAAGCUUUGUGUGUACAAGGACUUCAAGAAGCACGGUGCCCAAGGAAGAUUUAUUGCUCUUUACUUUGUGGGGAUGUUUAUCCCGUAUCUUUAUGGACUGUACCUCAUCUGGGCUGUAUUUGAGAUGUUUACUCCUAUCCUUGGAAGAAGCGGUUCGGAAAUCCCUCCUGAUGUCGUGUUAGCCUCCAUUUUGGCUGUCUGUGUGAUGAUUCUCUCCUCUUAUUUUAUUACCUUCAUCUACCUUGUGAACAGCACAAAGAAAACCAUUUUGAGUUUAAUGCUUGUGUGUGUGGUCACGUUCCUCCUUGUCUGCAGUGGAGCCUUUUUCCCAUACAGCUCUAAUCCUGAGAGUCCAAAGCCAAAGAGAGUGUUUCUUCAGCACGUGAGUAGAACUUUUCAUGACUUAGAAGGAAGCGUAGUAAAAAGAGACUCUGGAAUAUGGAUCAAUGGAUUUGAUUAUACUGGAAUGACUCACGUAACACCUCAUAUCCCUGAGAUCAACGACACAAUCCGAGCUCCCUGUGAGGAGAAUGCUCCGCUCUGUGGCUUCCCUUGGUAUCUUCCAGUGCAUUUUCUGAUCAGGAAAAAUUGGUAUCUUCCAGCUCCAGAGAUUUCUCCAAGAAAUCCUGCUCAUUUCAGACUUGUAUCCAAAGAGAAGAUGCCAUGGGAUUCAAUAAAGUUGACCUUUGAAGCAACAGGACCAAGCCAUAUGUCUUUCUAUGUUCGAACCCACAAAGGAUCGACGCUUUCUCAGUGGUCUCUUGGCAACGGUAUCCCAGUCCCAAGCAGAGGAGGGGACUACUUUGUGUUCUAUUCUCAUGGACUCCAGGCUUCUGCAUGGCAGUUCUGGAUAGAAGUACAGCAGGUAUCAGAAGAACAGCCAGAAGGAAUGGUCACUGUGGCCAUUGCUGCCCACUACGUCUCAGGGGAAAGCAAGCGAUCCUCAGAGCUGGAUGCUCUGAAGGAGAAGUUCCCAGAUUGGUCAUUUCCCUCAGCAUGGGUUUCCACCUACAGCCUCUUUGUGUUUUAAUCUUGUGGACGGACUCUGAGAUAGUUUCUCUCCCAUGGUACAUGGAUGUUUGUAAUACAAGUCAAUGAAUUUUACUGAGCAUAUAUAUGUUCAAAGAGCUUUUGGGAUAAUACUCUUCAGGGCCAAGUACUUUGGGACAGUGAUGCCUGGCCAGGUCAGUUGAAAAUUUCUGUUUUCUGACACUUAAGCACAUGUGGAUACUGCCAAUCAUGUCAUUUAUAUGACUGUAGGGACUCAGCAGCAGCCACUUCAGUAGCUUUCCCUUGAGGAGCAAGAAAGAUGUACACCCUUAGAACAGUGUUAAUGAACCAGGCUGGUCCACUUGUCAGUGGAUGGUGGGUAAGAUGCCGUUCACUAGAGUAGUACCUCUCUUUGCACUACACCUGUAUUCACUGGAAAGUAAAUGCACAAAGGUGGAAGCCGCUGCAGCGCCUUAGAUGCCGAGCACUGCUUCUUGAGGCAGUGUUCAGGUGGUGGUGUCUGUUCUGUUCUGAAGCCUAAACCCUGAUGCAGAGCUCUGGCCUCACUCCUGAGUAGCAUUCAGUAUCAGCUUUCCCCCUCAAACAUGUUCCUGCCAUUUACCUGGGGAAGAGAACAUUUCUUCAGGAACAUUUUCUUCUUACAUUUCAUGGGUUGUUUUAUUUGUGCAAGCACAGAACUUAAACUUCUUCCCCAGAGCACUGAAUUGCCAGCAUAGCUGUUGAGGUGGAUGAGGAGGGCUGGGAGGACUGGGGAUUUUAUAAUAUUUAUUCUCUGUUAUACAAGAUUAAUCUUUUAGCACAAAUUCUUUAUUGCUGCAUUGGGUUUUCUGUUUUCUAGCAGUUGACUAAGUUCUUGUAACUUGCUGUCAGUGAGAACUGGCUGUCCUGAUGUUGAGGUUGUAGCUUAUACAGGAGACAACUAUAUCUGUAUUUGUUAAUUUUCAGAUCCUGCAUAAGGGCAGCAGUAAGAUUUAAUGGUGCUUUUCAUUCUGAAGACAGGGAUGUAGCUUGUGAGGUAUGUCAUGGCAGUGGCUCUUGUGGUGUCUCUAGGUUCCAUUGGUGACAGAGGAUGAGAUGAACAGUAAAUUAUGCUAAUUUUACAGUAGUAAAUGUAAAAAGACAAAAUUUGAGUUAGCCAACAAGCAUGACCCAAAAUAUAGUUGAAAGAAAAGCCAUAGUAAGGCAAAAACAAAACAAAACAAACAAUAUCCUUAUAAGGUGGGAACAGGAAGGCAUCUCUCAGAGUGGCCCUCAGAACUGUCUGAGCGUCAGCAGGAGUAUAGUUAAAUGUGCACUGGAGAAGAGCUUCUGAAAACUGCUUGUGUGAUUGUGUGUCGGUUUCUUAAUCAUGUUCCUUGUAUUGCCUGCCUAAUCUCUAAAGCCUUAAAAAUCUGGGCCCAUGCAGACAUAAGGGCUGCAGUUGGAGCUGAAUGGUAACAUGUUGACUGUCACAUGUGGUAACACUGUAAAGUGGAGUCACUUUUCUGCUGGACUCACAGAUAUCUUAUGUCUGGCUCCUGCUGUGUAUGUGUGAGGUAGUACUUAAAAGUUUGAAGGUUUAUGUAUAGCUUGUAAAGAACCACAGCUGAGGAAAAUAAGUAACAAUACUAAUAGCUCAAUGAAUUUCAAAAUACAUGCUUAUAUUCUGUGCCUGGGUUAAUCUGAAAUUGAUUACUAGAAAUUGUGGGGGAGGGCAGCAAAAUGUCAUGCUGAGGAAGUACACCAACACCAAGAUUUCUCUGAUUUCUUUCCUUUUGGCGGGCACCUUUUCAGUAUAAUCAAUCAUGGUUUUUUUUUUCUGUCCUUAGGUUGUUUCUCUAUGCAAACGAUUUUGAUUUUCUCUAACAUUAUUAUGCAACCACUAACAAGAUGUUUGGUUUCAGGGCACGCUUAAAGGCUAGAAAUGGUCAAGUAAUUACAUGCAGUAUUUAUGACUUUAAAAAAGCACACUCUGUACUUAUCACUAGCCCCUCCCCCUUUAAAGAUUAUCUGAUCACUUGUGUAAUUCACUUCUGAAAAGAUAGUUUCAAGGUCAAAGUAAAGCAUAAGCAGAUAUUAGGAAGAGGUGUAAAGGACUGAUUUCACAGUUCUUAAUUUUUAAGAAAGAUUGUUCUACACAGUGUUUCCAGUUUAGCAGCUAAAAUUAAAUGUCUAAGAUCCCCCAACCUGGUGUCACGGUGAAGGAGAUUAGACCACAAGCCAGCCUAAGUGACUCAGGAAGUUGUUAGAAGAACAUGUCUGUCCAUCUUGUUCUCACUUCUUUGCUGACUUGUUGAGGGUUAAUUGUUGCCUUACAAUGUUACCGAAAUAAACUUUUUAACAUACUGGUUGGAAAAAAUGGAUCUUUUACAACUGCUUUUUAUUCUGUCUCCGUAUUUCAAGGCUAUUUAUAUCCCUAGUCUCUCUCUGUGUCUCUGUCUGUCUGUCUGUCUCUCUAUAUAUAUGUACACAUAUACACACACACAUACUAUCUUUAAAAUGAUCUAUCUAGCUUGAAUGAUCUAGAUAGUGGUAUAAGCAAAGAAUCAAGAUAGAAAUGCUCACUUCACCUGGAAUCUUUUUACCUGGAAUGAAACUGUGCAUCCGAAUUUCAGAGAAAUAAAAAGAACCUGUUUAGCAAA